CAGAUUACGCUUUGGCUGCAGGGCUGUUGGCCUCCCUUUCUUUUAUCUUUCUGGUAAAGAACGCCAGUAGGAAUAUAAAGCCACCUUAGGAUCUCUCUGCACUGGAAAUUGAAUAACCUUACCCCACAGAAAAAAUGAGUGAUCAUCUGGAAGAAGGUUCUUUCAUGUUCACUUCAGAGUCCGUUGGAGAGGGACAUCCAGACAAGAUUUGUGACCAGAUCAGUGAUGCUGUCCUGGAUGCACAUCUGAAGCAGGAUCCCGAUGCCAAAGUGGCCUGUGAGACGGUGUGUAAAACUGGCAUGGUGUUGCUCUGCGGAGAGAUCACAUCUCGGGCCGUCGUGGACUAUCAGAGGGUGGUGAGGGACACCAUCAAGCACAUCGGCUACGACAACUCGGAGAAAGGUUUCGACUACAAGACAUGUAAUGUGCUGGUGGCCCUGGAGCAGCAGAGUCCAGACAUUGCUCAGGGGGUCCAUGUUGACCGGAAAGAAGAAGACAUUGGAGCUGGAGACCAGGGUCUGAUGUUCGGCUAUGCCACAGACGAGACGGAGGAGUGCAUGCCGCUCACCAUCGUCUUAGCUCACAAACUCAAUGAAAAGAUGUCUGAACUUAGACGCAAUGGCAUCGUUCCCUGGCUGCGUCCCGACUCUAAAACACAGGUGACCGUGCAUUAUGACCAGAAGAAUGGAGCUGUGAUCCCCAAGAGAGUUCACACCAUUGUGAUCUCUGUCCAGCACGAUGACGGCGUCACUCUGGAGGAACAACAGAGAGUCCUAAUGGAAAUGGUGAUCAAAUCCGUGGUCCCUGCAAAAUAUUUGGACAGCAAAACCGUCUACCAUCUCCAGCCAAGUGGUCGCUUCGUCAUUGGAGGACCACAGGGUGAUGCUGGUGUAACAGGAAGGAAGAUUAUUGUAGACACAUACGGUGGCUGGGGGGCUCACGGUGGCGGAGCUUUCUCUGGCAAAGAUUUCUCAAAGGUUGAUCGCUCUGCUGCCUAUGCUGCUCGCUGGGUGGCCAAGUCUCUGGUUAAAGCCAAACUGUGCAGGAGAGUUCUGGUUCAGGUGUCUUAUGCGAUCGGAGUGGCCCAACCUCUUUCCAUCUCCUUGUUCACAUACGGGUCCUCUCAGAAGUCAGAGUCAGAAUUGCUCAAGAUUGUCAACAAGAACUUUGAUCUCAGGCCAGGAGUCAUUGUCAGGGAUCUGAACCUGAAGAGGCCGAUUUACCAGCAGACAGCCUCUUACGGCCACUUUGGCCGACCGGAGUUUUCUUGGGAAGUGCCCAAAAAGCUUGUCUUGUAAAUACUCCACCAGCCUGUCCUGAUCUCCACCUGGAUGCUGAACAAGACUCCUCUUCAUGGACUACAACUUCCAGCUCCAAUGCAACUGAUUGAACACUUUUUUAACAGAAAAACAAAACAAAACAACUGAAACCACAGUUAGGGAGGGAUAAGUCAGCUUUCAAGAUGUGAGAAGGUAGUUAUACGUGUGAGCAGUUGUAGCCAGCAGACAUAUGAAGGGACAUCCUCCCAGUGAGGAGAGGGACAUUGCAGAUGGCAUCUCAGUAACUAAUCUUUUUUCACUGUCCUUUCCGAGGCCAAAUAACCUCCAGGUAUCGGUGCUUAUAUAAAUACCUCCACAUCACUAGCAGCAGUGUUUUACCUCAAAGCUGUUGGGGGGGGGGGGGGGGGGGGGGGGGCAGUAUACUUACACAAGUUCAGUGCUUUAUUCUUAAAAGGUGCUAUUACAAAAUGUGUAUUCCCUCAGUGGCUGCCAUAUUAUUGUAAGAGGUGUAGCUACUGCUCAACCAAAAACGUGGCUUAAGAAACCGUAUUGUCAUGACUAUAAAAAACUGUUGUAAACGUGCCACAGGAAGCUGUUUGCACUACUACCAUUCCCACUGUGUGAGAUAACAGGUCAAGUUCGGAUCUCUGGAGGCAUAAAUUAUAAGUCAAAAUGUAAAAUAGCCUUGCGGCUAUUUCAGCCUUUCUUUUUUUUUUCUUUAGUACCUGCGGGCUUUCUGCUGUAAAUGUGGCUCAACUUAGCAAAUAAUUAGAAGUCUGAAUCUUAGUCUGAAUCCGUUAGCAUUUAGCGGACCACCGAUGUCUUAAAUUUGCUGUGUUUUACAACUUUAGAAGCACACGCUAGCAUAUAUCACACUUCUUUAAAAAGUACCUUUAAGAAUAUUUCAUUUUGGCCCAGCUUUUUGGCAUUUAUUAAUGACAGAGUAUGUAAUUAGAUCCUUGAGAAGCACUUCUGAUGGGAUUAAGAAAGUCUUAAGAGAGAAACAACAAACAGUCUGUAGAGCUUCAGGACGUUUUGGUGGCGAGUGUACCAAACCUGUAAGUUCACCUACAGCUGACACUGUUUUGUUAUAGGAGUUUUCCUCUGUUUAAUGUCUUAUCUAUGAGUGUCACCUUCUGUCAAUGAAACUGGAUAAUGUAAAUAAUUAAACAAUAAAAAAAAAAGAUUAGAGAA